AUGAAAAACUUAAAUUUCAUAAUUCUCAUAAGCUAUAUUUCAUUUUCUGCUAUAAAAGCCAUUAUUUAAGGUGAUGAAACUGAUUGUUCUUAUGAUAACUAGAAUUGCUCUGCAUGUGGUUCAACUCCUGACAUUUAGCAACUAUUUACCUAUAAUUCAAAUCAAUCCUGUUAUGUGACUGAUUGUUUAACUAUUGGAAAUGCCAAGAAUGGUUGGAUUUGCUAUUCUUGUUUUAAUAGCAUUUAAUAAGUUACACCGGGUCCAUUUUUUGAUGGUACAAACUGUGUUAAUGAGUGCCCUUAAGGUUAAUAAGCAGGAGAUUUUUCAAGUUAUAUAUGUGAAGUAGUAAAUAGUGGUUAGGGGGUUAAUUGUGAUCAAGGUGAUCAAACUUGCAAUGGAUGUGGAAAAAACGUUUAUUACGCUUACUAAUUUAGAUAUAAUAAUAAUGGAGAUAAUUUAUGUUAUGUUUUUGAUUGCUCUCCUAACGCAGUUAAAUUUUUAAAUGGUUAUGUUUGUAACUCCUGUAGUACAGCUCCUGGAAGUGGAAAUAUUCCAAAAGGUAAAUUUUAUGAUCAUAAAACUUGCACAGAUACUUGCCCUCCAGGUUAUAAAGCAGAUUUAUCAACUGGAUUUGUUUGUUUAGCCCCGCCUAAUCCAGGUACUUAAGUUUAAUGCUCUUAAGAUUCUUAAACUUGUAAUGGAUGCGGAAUAAAUCCUGAUACUGUAAGCAUGUUUAAUUAUGUAUCUGAAUAAAAUUGUUCUGUUAUUGAUUGCCAUUACUAUGCAUUUACAUCUCUAAAUGGUUGGAUAUGUAAAUCUUGUGCCCUUGCCACUGGAAGUGAUAAUAUCCUAUAAGGUGAAUUCUAUGACCCAAAUGCUAAUACUUGCGUUAAAAACUGCCCAAUUGGAACAUCAGCAAGUGCUAAUACUAAUUACAUUUGCACACCAGUUCCAGUAGCGGUUCCAUGCUCUAAUGAUUCUUAAACGUGUAAAGGAUGUGGAAGUGAUGCUACUAUAUAAGGCUAAUUCAAUUUUAUGAGCGGAAAUAAUUGUAUUGUUUAAGAUUGCACUUAGGUCACUAAGUUUAAUGGUUGGGUCUGUAAUUCUUGUAGCUUUGUUAAUACCAAUACACCUUUAUAAGGAAAAUAUUAUAAUGGUUCAAGUUGUACAGACAAUUGCCCUCCUGGUUAAUCAGCAAGUGCAGCUACUGGGUAUACUUGUUAAGUAAUCAAUCCAGGGGUGCCUGUAGCAUGUUCAAAAGAUGUAUAGACCUGUGGAGGAUGUGGAUCAACAAGCGAUAUCUAAAACUUAUUCACUAAAUUAAAAGGUACUUCAUGUUAAGUUACUGAUUGCUUUUCCAACAUAAUUGGUUCUAAUUUGAAUGGCUGGAUUUGUAAUUCUUGUUAAAAUGCUUCUGGUAGUGGUAAUAUUGCUGCAGGCUAAUAUUUUGAUGGUAAAACUUGUGUGAAAAAUUGUCCUAUCGGUUAACAAGCAUCUGCAGAUACGGGAUUUGUUUGCUAAAACCCUCCUAAUCCUGGAGCUAAUGUAGCCUGCUCUACUGAUUCUUCAACUUGUGGAGGAUGUGGAGUAACUAAUGCCAUAUAAAAUUUAUUUACUCAUGGAAAAGGAAACUUAUGCUCUAUCACUGAUUGUAACUUGUCUGUGGUAGGAUCUAAUUUGAAUGGUUGGGUUUGUAAUUCUUGUUAAAAUGCUUCUGGUAGUGGUAAUAUUGCUGCAGGCUAAUAUUUUGAUGGUAAAACUUGUGUGAAAAAUUGUUCUAUCGGUUAACAAGCAUCUGCAGAUACGGGAUUUGUUUGCUAAAACCCUCCUAAUCCUGGAGCUACUGUAGCCUGCUCUACUGAUUCUUCAACUUGUGGAGGAUGUGGAGCAACUAAUGUCAUAUAAAACUUAUUUACUCAUGGAUAAGGAAACGUAUGUUCUGUCACUGAUUGUAAAUUAUUUGUAGUAGGAUCUAAUCUUAAUGGUUGGGUUUGUAAAUCUUGCAGUUUAGCUUCUGGUAGUAGUAAUAUUCCUGUAGGUUAAUAUUACGAUGGAAAAACAUGCGUAGCUGAUUGUCCUAGUGGUCAAUCAGCCACUGCAGAUACUGGAUAUAUGUGUAAAACAUCAUCUAAUCCAGCUUCAGGAAAUAAUAACUAAUCUACUACAUCCGAUACAAGUCUAAUAAUUUAUAUUUUAGGCUUUGCUAAUAUUCUAAAUUUAUUAUUCUGA